GGGAAGAGCUUUAGGUGGAGCUCCCACCUGAUCAGGCACCAGAGGAUCCACACCAGGGAAUGGCCCUACGAGUGUGGGGAGUGUGGGAAGGGCUUCAGCUACAGAUCCAACCUUGUGACCCACCAACGCAUCCACACUGGGGAGAAGCCCUACGAGUGUCCCCAGUGUCAGAAGAGGUUUCCGAGCAGCUCCGGUCUCCUCCAGCACCAGCGGAUUCACACAGAUGAGAGGCCCUUCCUCUGCCCUGAGCGCGGGAAGGGCUUCAAGCACAACUCGGACCUCAUCAAGCACCGGCGCAUCCACACUGGGGAGAGGCCCUACCAAUGCGCCACAUGUGGGAAGAGGUUUCAGACCAGCUCCAGUCUCCUCCAGCAUCAGCGGAUUCACACAGAUGAGAGGCCCUUCCACUGCCCUGAGUGCGGAAAGGGCUUCAAGCACAACUUCACCCUCAUCAUCCACCGACGCAUCCACACAGGGGAGAGGCCCUACGAGUGUCCCCAGUGUGGACAGAGCUUCAGCCAGAGCUCAGAGCUGGUGGCCCAUGAGCAGCUUCAUGCCAGCGAGAGGCCGUAUGAGUGCUUGGAGUGUGGGAAGAGCUUCAGGAAGAGAUUCAACCUGAUCUGCCACCAGAGGAUCCACACUGGGGAACGGCCCUACGAGUGCUCGGAAUGUGGGAUGAGCUUCAGCCACAGGUCUGACCUGGUUGUCCACCAGAGGUUCCACACCGGGGAGAGGCCCUACGAGUGUCCCCAGUGUCAGAAGAGGUUUCACACCAGCACCCACCUCCUUGUACAUGAGCGGAUUCACACAGGGGAGAGGCCCUUCUGCUGCCCCAACUGCGGGAUGGGCUUCAGGCACAAAUCCACCCUCGUCACCCACCGGCGCAUCCACACUGGGGAGAGGCCCUACGAGUGUCCCCAGUGUGGGAAGAGCUUCUCAGACCGCUCGUUCUUUACCCGACACCAACGGAGGCACCGGUAAGGGCAGCCCUGUGAGUGCCCCAGCUGCAGGGGGAGCUUCAUGCACUGCUCCAGCUUCAUCCCCCAUGGGAGGACCCACGUUGGUCAGAGC